GAUGAGAUAGGGUUGGUUUUCGGGCGCCAAGAAUAUCAACCCUCCGAUUCCUUUCGGUUUCUGGUCAAAAAUCUGAAAAAGACAAGGGGCGGCCGCCGUGUGUUUAAUCUGUGUGUGUCUCUGUUUUUCGUGUCUUUCACGUGUCUAAUAAUUGUUAUACUGACAAUGGGACAGACGGUGAUGACCCCCCUCAGUCUGACGCUAGAUCAUUGGACAGAAGUAAGGACGAGGGCACAUAAUUUGUCAGUAGAGGUUAAAAAAAGACCACGGCAGGCUUUCUGCACCUCCGAGUGGCCCACCUUUAAUGUUGGGUGGCCCCCGGAGGGGACCUUCGAUCUCUCCAUUUUACUAGCGGUAAAAGCUGUUGUCUUCCGGGACUUGCCUCAGGGACGCCCGGAUCAGCAACCUUACAUUGCAGUCUGGCAGGAGUUGGUGGAGAAUCCACCGCCCUGGGUAAAGCCCUGGGUGCAAAAGAAAGUGGGCCCUCGAGUCUUAGUUGCCCAGACCCAACCUCGGAGCAAGGAAAAAGAGACCACCAAGGUUCACUCAGACACUCAAGACUUGCUCAUGGUUGAUGAUCCCCCUCCCUACCCUCCUGCCCCUACCGUCCCCCCAGCCCCAGCACCCCCGACACCUCCAAUCCCUGGUGCCAAGGCAGUGAGGCCGGCUCCGGGACCUGCCCAGGGAACUCGGUGCCACCAAGGGGCUACCUUGGGCCCCCCGGGUAUUUUUCCUCUCCGGUCCUAUGGGGCUCCCAUCCCUGGAGAGGAAGGGGACCCACCUUUCCAACCUCUGCAGUAUUGGCCGAUUUCCUCCGCCAAUUUAUAUAACUGGAAAACUAACCACCCUCCUUUUUCAGAGGAACCGCAGAGACUAACUGGGCUGAUAGAGUCCCUGAUGUUUUCUCACCAGCCCACUUGGGAUGACUGUCAGCAGCUUUUGCAGGUGCUUUUCACCACGGAGGAGAGAGAAAGGAUCCUCCUGGAGGCACGAAAGAACGUGCCUGGAGCCGACGGACGACCAUCGCAACUCCCUCAUGAUAUAGAGAGGGGGUUCCCGCUGACCAGACCCAACUGGGACUAUAAUUCUCCAGAAGGUAGGGAGCGACUAACCAUCUAUCGCCAGGCUCUGGUGGCGGGUGUCCGCGGGGCCGCAAGGCGCCCCACUAAUUUGGCUAAGAAUAGCCAACCGCUGUUUGCUUUUGAGUGGAAAGAUCCCUCCACAGGAACUACUGGGCAAUUGACCUGGACUCAUUUGCCACAAGGAUUCAAGAAUUCGCCCACCCUCUUCGACGAAGCUCUACAUCGGGACUUGGCUUUUUACCGAGCCUCCAACCCCCAGGUAACUUUGUUGCAGUAUGUUGAUGACCUAUUGAUAGCAGCCCCUACCCGGGAAGCCUGCCAAGAGGCCACUGGAGCCCUUCUGACUGAACUUGCUAAACUAGGGUAUAGGGCAUCUGCCAAAAAGGCACAGAUCUGCCAACAACAAGUGACUUAUUUGGGAUAUUCUCUGAGAGAAGGAAAAAGGGGCUCACCAAAGCCCGAAAGCAGACUGUGA